AUUCGAAAAGGCCCAUUAUCAAAGCGAGGUGGCAGAACGACACGUGGCAUUGGCGAUCUGCUCCAUCUUGCUCCGGCUUCGACAUUCCCAGUUGCAGAGAAGCUCAGAAGGGAGAGAGAGACGCCAUGAAUAUUCUCGGUUCUAACAGAUCAAAGAUGAAGCAAUGGUACGCAAAGAAAUCCAAUUCACAGUUCCGUUUCUCUCGUUUUUCUUUGUCUGUUCUCGCUCUACUCUUCUCUUUUCUCUUUCUCCUCUACCUGUUCUCUUCUUCCUCUUCUUCUUUUACCUCUUCGACUGCAUUUUCGACUUAUGAUUCGCGCCAAUGCAACUCCCGGAUCUUGGACCUGGGCGAGAGAUUUCUGUUUUACGCGCCUCAUAGUGGGUUUAACAACCAGCUGUCUGAGUUCAAGAAUGCCAUUCUGAUGGCCGGGAUUCUCAACCGGACUCUGGUUAUUCCGCCGAUUUUGGAUCACCAUGCCGUAGCUCUCGGGAGUUGUCCGAAAUUCAGAGUUCUGGAUCCUAGGGAGAUUCGGUUUUCGGUUUGGGAGCAUAUGUUCGGGCUUCUUCGAGAUGGAAGGUACGUUUCAAUGGCGGAUAUUGUAGAUAUUUCAUCAUUAGCUUCUUAUACUUCUAUUAAAGCCAUAGAUUUUAGGAUCUUUGCAUACUUAUGGUGUGGUAUGGAUCUGGAAAGUGUCUGUUCCAAUGAGUAUCACCUAAAGCAAUGUGGUCGCCUACUAGCAGGGCUUGAUGGGAAUGUGGACAAAUGUCUACACGCUGUAGAUGAAGAUUGCAGAACUACAGUUUGGACUUAUCAAAAUGGUGAAGUCGAUGGUGUACUAGAUUUGUUUCAGCCCAAUGAACAGCUUAAGAAGAAAAAGAAGGUGUCAUAUGUCAGACGCCGUCGGGAUGUUUAUCAAACCCUUGGACCUGAUUCCGAAGCUGAAUCAGCUACUGUAUUGGCAUUUGGCAGUCUUUUCACUGCCCCAUACAAAAGUUCAGAACUGUAUAUUGAUAUCCAUGAAGUUAGGGGAGAUCAAAGAAUUAGUUCUUUGAUGAAAAACAUUGAGCAUUUACCAUUUGUCCCAGAGAUCUUAAGCGCAGGGAAAGAGUAUAUUGACAAGAUCAUAAAAGCUCCAUUCCUUUGUGCUCAACUGAGAUUGUUAGAUGGGCAGUUCAAAAAUCACUGGAAGGCUACUUUUCUGGCUCUCAAACAGAAAUUAGACUCUAUAUUGCAGAAUGCUAAUGAACAACCUAUUCGCAUUUUUGUGAUGACUGAUCUUCCUGAAUCUAAUUGGACUGGAAGUUACUUAGGUGAUUUGGUUAGUGAUUCAAAUCGUUUCAAACUCUUUUUCCUCAAAGAACACGAUGAAUUGGUUGUUCGAGCAUCCGAAAAAGUGAUGGCUGUAGGACAUGGCUGGAGAUUGGCAUCCAGUGCAUUUGGUCCUGAUAGAAUUCGUGAAAUGAAGAAAAAAUGUGCUGCUGAGAAAUUGCCGGAUAUUCUCUUAUAUAUAGAGGAAACUGUUUGCAGCUGUGCUUCACUUGGUUUUAUUGGUACUGCUGGAUCCACAAUUGCCGAAAGCAUAGAACUGAUGAGUAAAUAUGGAGUAUGUUCAGGCUUCCUUUUAUGGUGGAUUGAGCAUACGGUCAUCAAUUACAAGGCUGCAUUUGGCUGUAAGUACACGUACAGUUUCAUGUUUAAAACAUAUUUUACACAGUUCUUUUGCAUAAUGUUGCUACAAAUGGAUUGUUUAGGAGAUUAAUUUAGUUCUUUAAGGAAACCCUGUUGUUUUCUCAGAAAUACAAGGAAUUCAUGAUGGACUGCAAAAUCUUGCCAAUUUCAUA